AUGCUCGGUCGUGCUGCCACCGCCCCCACCGCGACCGCUCAGGCCCCGCCCCCGCCACGUCACCCGCAGCCGGAUCGCGACAGCGCGCGCCGCGUCGGGACAGAGCUCCCGGCUCCGCGCAGGGCUCACGGGCGGCGGCGCUUCCGGCCAGCAGGAGGCCGCGGCUGCUUCAGGGAUUCAGCGGGCCGCGCUCGGGCGCUCGUCCGUGCGGUCCCGGCUCCCGUGACCCGGGCCCAGCCACACUCGCCGACUGGAUGGCCGCUCCUCGACUCUGGAGACUCCCUGGGCCUCUAA